AGGCUAACCCUUCAAAAGUGUCACUUUUCGAUUGGUGAUACAAGAAGCCGUGUCGCGUUAUUUAUGAUGGCAUAAAACGCGAAUUAUAUGUGCAACUGUGUGCAAUAAAGCGAUAUUUAUUUCGCUUAUUAUAUGUUUGCAACUCUGAUGGUGCCGCUUAAAUGUGUUGCGUGACCAUAUCGUUGUGAUAAAUGGGGAAAUUAAUGCAUUUGUGUGUGGUUGUGUUGUGAGUUCCAAUGGAUCGACGAUGUUCACAAUCGGUCAGGACGCUCGUUUUCGACGAUUCAGACUCUGAUCUUCCUAAACAUGGUCAGAAGAAAGAGCUGUCCUCGACCGCGGUGCCCUCAUCGCUAAACCAGAGCGCAGAAGAUGCGGGCAAAACUGCGCGCACCAACUUGGUGCGCAUGCGGCGGUCCGCGCUCGGUAAAUCCGCGCCGACUCUGUCCGUCCACGUGAAAGAGUCAUGCACAGUGUCCCGGCGUCCGUCGCGGUUACCGCCGCCGCCGCCGCACCACAGGCUCUCUCUUGUGGUCGGCUCAGGGCGCUGCAGCUCCCCAGGCACCGGGCCCCUCUCCCCGGCCGAGGGCCCGCGCUGGCCCCCGCACCCCCCGCACCCGCUGCACCACGCCCUGCUCUCGUCCAGCGUGAAGCGUGGCAAGGAGCUCGAUGGUCGCAGGUGGUCGGUGGCGUCGCUUCCGUCCUCGGGCUACGGGACCACUCCGGGCAGCUCCAGUCUAUCUUCACAAUGCUCAUCUCAAGAACGGCUGCUCGCGGUUGCCGUGUGCGAGCCCCCGCGAGCCCCGUGUCCACACUGCCAUCAACACCAAAAUUCGCUCAACAGUUCGCAAGGCAGCGGCAUGAACAACUGGGCAUCAUUGUCCGACAGCGGCGGCGCUUACACGGCUGCGCGCGCGCCCUCCCCACAGAGCCCGAAGCGGCGCGUGCGGAGUCGCAGUCUCAGUUCUCCGUCCCGCUCCCCCGGCGGCGCGGCGAGCGGCGGCGAGGGCGCCAAGGACGAUGCAGUGUCCGCCAUGUCGUCUCUGUUCGCCGCGCGCUUCCCCGCCGCACAACGGGCCAUGGACGACAAAUUAAGAUCACUAAUUGAAGAGUUGACAGAACUAGACAAGAAACCGGACCGGCCGCCGAUAGAGAGAUUCGUUGCAAGACAGGUAUUGGAGAUGGCGAGGGACUGUCUACACAAAUCGGAAUCGAAGCAGGUCACCAGCAGCUAUUUCUAUGAUAUGGCCGACAGUUUAGACAGAUUGCUCGCCGAGACUCGGGAAAAAUCAGCCGAAGCGGGCGCCCAAGUAGCGCCUCUAGUCACGCGGCUCAUCCUCGCGAUGGCUCGGCCCGCGCGCCUGCUGGAGUGCCUGGAGUUCGACCCCGAGCGGUUCUACCGGCUGCUCGAGGCGGCAGAGGGACACGCUAAGCACAUGCAGGGCAUGACGUCGGACAUCCCGAAGUACAUCAUCCACAAGCUGGGCCUGUCCCGCGACCCGCUGGCCGAGCUGCACGCGCCGCCGCCGCCGCCGCAGCCGCCGCUCAACGCCUCGCCUUCCAAAUCGCGAGGCCGCCAGUCGCCGCCCUUGGGCCCGGGCGGCGCGCCGCCCUCCGAGGGCGACUACCAGGUCAUCAAGCUCAUCUCCAACGGGGCCUACGGCGCCGUCUACCUCGUCAAACACAAGCAGACGAGGACGAGAUACGCGAUGAAGAAGAUCAGUAAAAACAACUUAAUACUUCGGAAUCAAGUCGAGCAGGCGUUCGCGGAGAGAGACAUCCUCAGUUUUGCUGACAACCCCUUUGUGGUAACGAUGUACUGCUCCUUCGAAACCAAACGCCACCUCUGUCUCAUCCUCGAGUUCGUCGAAGGCGGCGACUGCGCUACUCUACUCCGCGCCGGGCCUCUCCCACCCGACAUGGCGAGACAUUACUUCGCUGAAGCCGUGCUUGCUGUAGAAUAUCUACAUUCUUAUGGCGUUGUACAUAGAGACUUGAAGCCUGACAAUUUGUUGAUCACUGCCACGGGACACAUCAAAUUGACAGACUUUGGUCUUAGCAAGAUGGGUCUCAUGUCUUUGGCAACAAACCUGUACGAAGAGUACGCCGACAGGGAGGCGCGGCAGUUUUCCGAUAAGCAAGUUUGUGGCACGCCCGAGUAUAUCGCCCCGGAGGUCAUACUACGACAGGGCUACGGUAAGCCAGUGGACUGGUGGUCGAUGGGCAUCAUCCUGUACGAGUUCAUCGUCGGCUGCGUGCCCUUCUUCGGAGACACGCCUGAAGAAUUGUUUGCUCACACUGUUAAUGAUGACAUCGAGUGGCCCUCAGAAGAAGACUUCCCUAUAGCGGUGGAGGCGAGAGCUAUUAUCACAGAACUGCUCGCGCGGAACCCUAGGGACCGACUCGGGACCGGCGGUACGCAUCAAGUCAAGGAACAUGUGUAUUUCUACGGUCUGGACUGGAAUAACCUUCUGCGGCGGAAAGCAGAGUUCAUUCCUCAGCUGGAAAACGAUGAGGACACCAGUUACUUUGACAGUCGCUGUGACCGCUACAACCACAGCGAAGCGGAUACAGACGAGGCAGCGGAAGCGGUGGCGGAGGCGGGCGAGGAGGCAGGACUCUUUGCCGCCUUCUCUUCAACGUCGCCGCAGUGGCGAAGGCACACCUCGGCGGUGUCACAUGAUUCUAGGAGUACGGACAGCUGGCCGGGCACUCCCGACAGCGCCGGGCCUCCGAGCACACCUACUGCUCCUUUGCAUCAUCACCCGAGGUGCCCGAUGAUAAUCCCCGGCGGUUCAGCGUCAACAGCGGAGUCCUCGCAGACGGACUCGGACGACGUGUCGCCCGCCGCGCGCCGCCGCCCCGCGCUGCGCCCGCACCCCGCGCAGCCCGCCCGCGCUUCCGACGCACUGAAAAAAGAGGCGAAGAGUGUUGACAAGCCAGAUCGUCCGGAUAAGACGAAACCGAUGGCGCUAGUGGCGCCAAAGGCGAUGCGCCGCUCUGCAUCUACCUCCGGACUCUCUCUGGUUAUACAUCCAGCGGAAGACACAGGCACCCACGCCGGCGCGGGCUCGCCCUGCGCGGGCAACACGUCAAGCACCAACUCCUCUCGAGACUCCUCGCCGUGUCGUGACCCGCCUUCGCCGUUCGCACAUCAUAAUCAUUCGCUGAUCCAAUCAUCCAAGCCGCCGAUCGUGGUCCGGCGCGGGCCGCGCGGCUUCGGGUUCACGAUCCACACCGUGCGCGUGUACUACGGCGACACGGACUACUACACCAUGCACCACCUGGUGUCGGCCGUGAGCGAGCAGGGCGCCGCGUGGGCCGCGGGGCUGCGCGCCGGCGACCUCAUCACGCAGCUCAACGGCGAGUCCGUGCAGGGCCUGCUGCACACGCAGGUUCUCCGGCUACUGCUGGCCGCGCCGCACGCCACGCUCCGCGCCACGCCGCUGGACCAGACCACCAUACAGGCGGGAGGGAGACGGCGAAUCGGGGGCGGGCGCCGCGCGUCGGCGCCGCCGCGGCCGCGCCCGAGGCGGCGGUGCUCGCUGUUCCGGAGGAUCUCUACCAAGAGGGCUUCGCAGGAGAUGCACCAGAUGGUGUCCGGGGUGGAGCUGGCGUCGCCGUCGGCCCCCUCGUCCCCCUGCGGCGACAGUCCGCUGCACGCCGCCGCCACCACCACCCACUACCAACGGCCGUCGUCGCUGCACGGGCUGAAGCACAAGCUGGUGGCGGGCGGCGCGGAGGUGCGGCGCGCGUCGCUGCAGCACAUGCCGCUGUCGCCGCUCGCGCGCACGCCCUCGCCCUCCCCGCAGCCGCCGCCGCAGUCGCCCACCAGCCGCUGCGAGGCGCGCAGCCCGUCGCCGCUGGCCGCGCGCGAGUGCGGGCGCCGCGCCUGGGCCCGGCGCGACCCCGCCUCGCCGCUGCUGCGCCGCGCGCUCUCGCCGGACAGACUGCACCCGCGCUCCGCGGAGUCCAAGUGCUCGAUCUCCCCGCUGUGCUGCGGCGGCGCGGCGGGCGUGGGCGUGGCCGUGGGCGUGGCCGGGGGCGCGGGCGCGGCGCGGCGCGGCGUGGUGUGGCGCGCGCCCGCGCCCGCGCCGCCCGAGCCGCCGCCGCCGGACAAGGAGGAGCCGCCGCUGCCGCGCAUCGCCGAGGAGAAGGACUCGCCCACGCACCACGCCAAGAUCGCGCUCAACAGGACACCUGCGAAGCAGAUGACCCCGAGCAUCUUCACGUCCUCGCCGAAGACGAGCCUCGAGAAGACCUUCGACGCGUCCAACUCUUUUGCGUCUCUGUCCCUCUCCGACGAGUCCUUCGCACCUGACACUUCUGUGGACUUGGAUACUUCGAGAGAUACGACUAUUGACAACACCCGUCUGGACGAAAGUCGUUCCAGCACGGACACCAGCUCAAUACUCUCCGAGGACAAAGAUAAAAAGAAGCCAGAAGACAAAAACAAAACACCACAACAAGAAACUCCCGCAGACCAGCCUAAAGAUAAAACUAGGAAGAAAUCCGACUCCAGUCUCAAAGAAGAAGAUAAACCGAAGGAGAAAAGUAAAAAGGAAAAACCAGAGUUAAAAAAGCAAGAGUCUAUAAAGAAACUGGAACUAAAAGAAGAUAAAGAAGCCCCAAAAGAAAAAGAGAAAGCGAUGGAAAGAACGGGAUCGGUGAAGAGAGUGGAAACCAAACAGGAGAAAGCGGAAGCCAAGAAACAGGAGAAGUUGGAGAGGCAGGAGAAAGCGGAGAGGCAGGAGAAGUUGGAAAGGCAGGAGAAGGAGAUUAAGAGGCAGGAGAAGAUUGAGAAGAGAACAGAUGGGAAAAAGGAAGUGCUGAAGAGGCAGGAGUCUGUGGACACGAUGAAGUGCCCAGAGCCGACGGAGACGGAAUGUCGCUCCAAGAACAGCAUGGUCAGCAAGCUGCUCGGCGUCAUGGGCCGCAAGGGUGCGCGAGACAGAGACGAAGAGGACCACAAGCCCAGCAGGAAGGCCGACAAGGCCAGCAGGAAAAAGGGCGGCAACACCCCCACCCAGCAGCAGCCACCAAGUAAACUGAGCGAAGCGGGAGGUUCCACUGAGAAGGUCCCCGAGAGCUCCGAAGACUCCAAGAGGAAGGGCCGGGGCCGCGCCUCCAGCUCCUCCUCGCAGGAGAAGUAAGGACCUGCUGGACUAUGUGUCGUGGUUACCACACAUGGACGCUUCUAUCUCCGCUUACCAGUGGCAUAGUACCUAAUCUAGCCGUGGGCGAAGUCACAUCUGAAAAGCUCUUUUGUUUCUAUGUGUGUUCCCAAGAUAAUAAGCGGCGCUUCGCCCUCGCCUAGCUUCGCCACUGCGGCUUAUCAGUUGCAUUCACGUUUACGAUCUGUAUAAACAUCUGUUUACCCAUAUGGGUAAGUUGUGGAAAUUUUCCAAAAAGUUCGAAAUUUUCUCGGAUGUUUUUACAAGAAAUAAAGGAAUAUUCCAAUUUGGAAAUGGGAUUUCGAUCUUCAUAUAAAAAUUCGAAACACCGCUGUGAAAAUUUUUUGGAAUAUUUCCAUCGGUACAUUAGUGUGAUUAUACAUUAGAAACAUGAUUUAUAAUUAUUUAUAGACAUUGAGAAUUGUGUCGAAUAUAACUGAUUUUUGUGGCUCGAUGCAAAUAAGCGACCAUGUGUGGCGACCGCGAUUUACAUACGCUUCCUAACCCUAUGGGCCACCCCACACUUCUUGGGCGUCGGCGUCUAGUCGGCGCUAUGGAAAAUGGCGUCGCUGCGCAGUUGCGCCAACGUUGCGUCGAGCAGCUGCCAUAGAGUUAGACGCCGACGCUCGGGAGACCCUAUACUCUGUAUCUUUAGGUAUUGAAAUAAAAAUAAACAAAAUCUAUCCUCAAAUGGCUUCUUAAGCCAGUAGAGGCUAGAUGAAAACAUUAUGUGAUCAAAUAAUGUAGGUUAAAGUCAGGUCGUUCAGUGACAGAUCCAGGCGGUUUUUGGUAUUUGGUUGGUUAACCAAUAAAUGUUAUAACUACUCGAAAAUUUACAAAUUGUUUGUUUACUUUUAUUUAAAUACUUAAAGAUACAGAGUAAGAUCUAAGUUGAGUCUAUGAUCGCCAAAACGUGACCUGACGCGCGGCUACGACAGGCGGCGUUCUAACAUUGCAUAGUCUGGUAGGUAACCCGUGGUCACCUGACGCUUCAAACGAAUUCUAUUUAUUUAGUAUAGAACCGAGUGAUGUGAUUUUAUGCUAUUAUAAUGAGUGGAAGAACGUUAGACAUAAGCUACGAGAGAUAAGUCUUUAUUGUAGAAUGUUUGCCGAUGGCGUUUAACUUCGGUGUCGUGUUGACGUACAGUUAAAAAUAUAAAAAUAUAACAAAAAAAUCGCUGUAAGCUUCCUUUAGACUGUGUAUAGCUUUAGUCAUUUUAAUGUAAAAUUUGUUCUCACGUUUUUAUUCAGCCGCUUUUCCAGUAUUACAAAGUUGAGGCGUAAACAAAUCUUUAUUAGUAUUUUUAUUGAAAAGGGCAAGUUUUAGAGUCGCGGGGACGGGUUCAAAGUUUGCUUGUUUGUUCCUAGUAGAAUAAUUUAACCUAACGAAAUAUGAGCUAAAUUGAUAAUACCAACCUUAAGUCGUGGACCAUAAGAACUAAAUUCACUCGUCCAUAGCCCAUCCCCAUUGACUAAAUCGUUUUAAUCUCAUGUUAGCGUUUAGUUUUUGCAAGUAUGUUUUCUUAGAUUAGUGAAUAUUGUGAUAUAUUUUUAAAUCGCCCUAGAAUUUUUGAACUUGCAAUAUUAUUAGUUAGUUAAGCAUGCCCAUACUUUUCUCUUAACUAGUUUUUUGUUUUGACGUGUUUUUCAUUUUUCUUUUUAUUUUAUUGUUUUUGUCGUGUUUAUUGUUUUUUUUACAAAGUUCACAUGAAUUAGUAUGCCUUGAGAGCUUUUUUUGUAAAUAAGGUAACCGUGACAGACAGAGACAAGUAAUAACCAUUUACAGUAAAUAUGGGGCUACUUUAUAGCACUAGUGCGAGAAGUAGCAUAUUACGUUACUGUGUCGAACAUUUAAAGGGCCAUAUGUACUGUAAAACGUUGUACGAUACAUGUGCGAAUAGGUAAUUCGCAACUCGUGUCGAUUUAAAACACUCCCUUCGGUCGUGUUUUAAUUUAUCGCCACUCGUUUCGAAUUUCCUAUUUUUCGCACUUGUAUCGUAAUGUACUAUUUUAUUUUAAUAAUUGCAAAAACAUCGAUAAAUAGUGCCAUAGAGUCGAACCUUCUUUUCACUAUUCUGUUCACUGUUCUUUUAAGAUUACUUACGUAUCCCUUAAUUUACCUUCGUAUCUAAUACAAUCUUUGAAAGAAGGUUCCAUAAUCGUCUUCCGAAUAUAGAUACUUGUAAACGAUUAUCGAUAAAAUCUGGUGUUUCUACUUUCGUUGCUCUAAGUGCGCAUAGGCAGUUUUAGUCUUUGGUCAUAAUCGGAUCUCUCACUCUAUUCGAUAUGUGGAACAGAGACAGUAAAUUGUCAGCGCAUUUAGAGAUAUAUUUGUUGAUUCACCUGUUACGAUCAAAAUACGAACGAUUAAUUUAGAAAUAUAAAGCCGUUAUUCUAAAUAACACUAAUGACGUCUAAAUUAGUAUAGAAAUAUCACUAAUUCACCUUAACAUUCCAUUUAACAGAAACUAUUUUUAAUAAUUUUACUUUGUGUAAAAUUGUAUAGUUGCGCGUCAAGUUACUUGUGCAUUCUUGAUGGUAUGCAAAAAUGUACAAGUGAUUUUGUUCAUUUCAUCGAUAUAUUAUUAUUUUAACUCAAGUGUGUUGCGGACAUAGUUGAAGAUACAACCGGUAACUUCACAGAUCUUGUACAAUUAAAAUAAAGCAACGAAACAAGACGUAACAUUUUAUCAGUAAAUAAAUGGGGUAAAUGGCCAAAAAAAAAAAAAAGUUUCUGGUAUAAUGCUGCAGAAUCAGAACUUACUUAAAAUUAAAAAAAAAAAAACUUUUGUUUUUAACAAAGCUCAUGACGUGACGUUUUUUGAUUUUAUUAAUUGCUAAAAUAUUACUUUUUUCAUACUUUUUUUUAUAAGGUUACCCUAGUAAUGAAGUCUAUCUGUUAUAAAAGAAAUUAUCUUGUAUCGUUAUGCCUCAGCUGAUUUUCUUAUUCAAAUAUUUGUUAAACUAGUUUAAAAAUAUUUCGGUCUUAAUGCUGUUGUAUUAAAUGACGAUAAGUUAAAUUCUAAACGUUAAAUAGUUUAACAAUAUAUGUUUAAAAAUAAAUACUUUUACCAGCUCUUAAAGGUUUUAAAAGUCUUUUUUUUUCCUUUGGUUUUUUUAAGGUAAAGGGGUAUUAAAAUAAUUUUAGGAAAUAUUGAUUAUAUUUAAUACUCCUAUAAUGGUAACAUGUUUGUAAAAACGCUAUGAAUUUAUGUUUUCAUAAUUUAAAACACAGUUUGUUUCACUCAAAUAUAUUUGGCAUGUUAUUUUUUAGACUAAUGACGCAAUGGAGCGUUCUAUGCAUGUCGUACAUUCGAUGUCAACCUAAAAAAGAUCUUAUAACAACGGAAUAGGGUGCAAAACGUACACAUAUGUUUAACUUCGCUUAAGAAUAUCUGUUGUAUAGUUUAGAAACUUUAUUCGUCAGUAGAAAAAGGCGUCAAAUUCAAAGUGUGUAUGGAAGUUGACAAUCGCCAAUGAAUUAUUUAAACAUUUUCUAUCGCCUUUUUCUAUUGACAAAAUUGGUUUGCGACUGAACGAACCCACCCAUUUAUUUCGCGCAAGUUAAAGGUAUAUUUGAUACCGUAACGUGAUAAUAUGAAAUACACAUUCGUAAACGUUAAUUUUCUCUCAGCAUAUUUAAAAUAAGUAAAAUUGUUGAACUCCAGAUGUUUAUUUUGGCAUUUUAAAACUAGUCACCAUAAAACGCUUCAGUGUGUCUUGUAGUACGAUUUAAUGUAGGAAUAAUUUCCUAGCAAUACUCAUUGAUGAAAUUGUUUUAAUGUUUUCGUGCAUGGUAGUACAGGGUAAUUGUAUAUUUGCCCAAUUAUUGUUUUUGCUCGUUGAGAGACCAAUAAUAACAAUGAAUUUUGUGUAGAUUUAUUUGAGAAUAAAUAAUUGAUUUCGGGACCACGGCUUUAAAAAAGUUAUGUUGUAUUGAUGUUGACACUAUGUUUCAGUGUUUAAUAAUGUGAGACCUUUUACUUAAUUGUCAGUCUGAUACUCUAGUGGUGUAAUUAUAGAUACGUUUGAUGCGCUGCCCGUCUUUCUUUGUAUACUGAGCUUCUCAACUGAUUGUGGUCAACCCUUUAUGUUGGCGUACAGUCAGCCAAGAAUAUGGUUUACCACAUUUCGACUCUAUUACUUGACAAAUAGAGUCGAAAAGUGGUAAACCACUUUUUUGGCUGACCGUACUAACCCUAGCCUAUAAGGAUCACCUAGGUCAUGUUGAAUGAUCAUCAAAAUAUAAAUAAUAUUGCCGUAGUCGAUACAAUCAAAAUUAACCAUACGUUAAAUUACAUUUGCGCCAAUGGCAUAAAUUAAUAAAAACAUUAAAAUUACUUAGCAUUUUCUAGUUUAUACAGAAAGCAUACUUAAUUUUAAAUGUACUGGCUAGUAUGAUGAGUAUUUUUUAGCACUUGCAAAUUAUGACAUUAUUAUGUUCAGUUUGUUUUAUAGAUUUGUUCAGAAAUUGAGUUGAUGGCUGGUUGAAGUUAGGUCGGUGGCAGACGAAAUUAAAGAUGACUUCAAGUAUCGUCCGCGACCUGCCUUAAAAGGUUUAGUGUAGUAUUAUUUCAUGUCUUUGAAAAUCGGAUAGAUUCAUUUACAAUAUUAUCAAUAUUUGAAAUUGUGAUGUAAGUGUCAGAUAUUGUCAGUUUUAUUGAUGUCGGUAUUGUAUUAAACUUGUGUAGAGUACUGCGUUAUCUUGGCGUAAAAUGAAUGUGAUUUGUAUAAUAAGGUUUCUUAUAGGAAGCGUCCGAGUUAUUUUCUCUAGACUAAUCGGUGUAUGAAUUGAUAUGAAAAUGAAAUAAAGUCAUGAAUUAAC